GCGGGGCCGGUACCGGAACCGGUACCGGAACCGGUACCGGGGCAAAACGGCGGGAGGGAGACCCCCCAAAGGCGGUGGGAAAGGGGCGCCAUGGCGGGGUCCCGUCUCGCUGCCCCCACGGCGGCCGAGGCCGAGCUGCUGCUGCAGCAGAGACAAGCGCUGGCCGAGGAGGAGGCGGCCAAAGCCAAGAGGGCGCUGCUCACUCGCUUCCUGCAGGAGAAGUUGUCCCGGGAGGAGCAGAGCAGCAGGUGGGGUCUGCACAGGGUGCUCACGCUGUGGCGCUCGGCCCAGCGCAAGGCCAAGGACCAGGAGCUGCGCCAGGACAUCGAGCUCCUCAGCCAGACCUUCACUCGGGUCAUGGACUGCAAGGACAGCGCCAUUGAGGCGCUGGUGACGGAGCUGCAGGAGGCGGAGGAGCAGCAGAACCGAGCCCUGUGCAGCCACCUGGACCUCACAGACCAUCUCCUGCACCUCCAGCGCUGCCGCCUGGCCUGCCUGGAGCAGGGCUUCAGCACCCGGGUGGGCGCCCUGAAGGCCGAGUUUGAGGCUGAGAGAAAGGCCAUGCUGCAGCAGCAGGACUGGGAAAGCCGGGUCCUGCAGGACAUGGCGCUGGCCAUGGAGCAGGACCACGCCAGGAACGAGCAGGAGGCCUUGCUGAACUUCCAGAGCGCCCGGGACGACAUCAAAAACAAGUGCUGGCAGGAUCAGCACUACAGCAAGCUGCAGCUGGUGGCCAGGCUGGAGGGGCUGUGGGAGCAGAUCCAGACAGCACGGAGGAGCUACAGCCAGGCCACAGAGAAGAAGAAGGUGGAGUUUGAGGAGCUCAAGAGGAAGUGUGAGAGGACUUCCUGCGAGAUUAACGCCCAGGCGAAGAAGCUGGAGAAGCUCCAGGCCAUGGUUACCACCACGAGGAGCCAGAUCGCGGCUCGGCUGCGGAAGAGCGAGGAGCAAACGCAGCGCAUCCGGGACGACGGGGAGCACGCCCUCCAGAAACUCCUGAAGCUCCGGGCCCAGGUCACCCAGGCCGGGGCCACGGCUCGCAGCCACCUGGUCACGCUCACCUGCCAGAGCAGUGCCACCCUCAAGGCGCUGCAGCAGGUGGUGGAGAAGGCUCAGCGCAUCCUACGGCUGGCUGAGAUGUGCCGCAGGCUGGAGACGGAGGAGGAGAAGGUUCUGCCUUUCUACCCCUCCUCGCUGGCCGAGUGGGAGCAGGAAAAAGCCCGUGAUGUCCUGGAGGAGACGGCCAGCGAGCCCCUGGCACGGGCCAUGAAGGACUACGUGGGGCUGGAGAGGUUCUGGCAGAGGUUCAACAAGGCGAAGCUGGAGGAGAUGGGGCUGGAGAAGGCACGGGCAGCCCUGGCAGACAGGAACCAGGAGCUGAGGAAGCUCCUCCAGCAGUACCUGGCAGGGGCUACAAUCAACCAGAAGGUGCCUAAAGACCCCCACCCUCUCCUUGCCACCAAGAAAAAGCCUCACCCCCAGAAAUGAGCCCAACAUUGUGGGGGAGCCACGCUCAGGGACGCUGGGCAUGGUGCAGCCCGAGAGCCUCUGGGGAGGGGUCAACCACCAGGACCCCUUUCCUGGCCCCACCAGCUCCAGCUGAGGCUCCCUGGCAGAUCUGCCUGCUGUUUGGGGACUCAGGGAUUGUCAUUUCCUGGAUAUGCCUUAAAAGAGCAAAACUGCCUGAAAAUGUGGUCUUG